CUGGUUUCUAAGCAACGGUUGCCAACAAAACAAUUGUUGAAUUACCAUGGAAAUUCUAUUAUAGUUGUUUAAUACAAACGAAAGGUCAGCUGGACUUUGACUAAAUUGAGAAUUUUCAAACAGAUAUCGGCUAAAAUUGGGCAAAAACGUUAAAAGUAAAAUUGUAAACUUUAAAUUAGCAAAAUUUUAAAUUUAAAUUAAACUCACGCAGUAAUCUAGCUAGUAACGAACUAAUGUUUCAAAGACUGGUAUUCUGACUGAAAGGUUUCAGGCCAAGGAAACCAAGUGCCGUUAUUUAUUUGCUGUACAAGAUCUAACAUCUGUCAAGAGCCUUGGAAAUGCUGAAAGAAAAAUAUACAGAAGAGGAAUUUAGGAAGAAAACGGGGAGAAUUUCAGAAAGAUGCAACAUUGGGGAAACUUCCACCCUUGUGCCAAGAUGGCAGAACUACAUCCCAUCGCCCUUUGAGACUGCAGCUUGUAAAGCCUGACUUCCAGCAAGAAUACAUGGAUGAAAGGGAGAGGAAAAUGAUUACUAUAUAUGAACAGCAACAGCAGAAUGCUAUGGAAAAAGUGCGGCAGAUGUUUCAACACAAUCAUCCUGUGCAAAGACAGUACCAUUCUGCAAGGGAUAGGUAUGACAGUGUCUAUCAUGAUGAGCAAGACUAUGACACUACUGUGAGGAAGACCUCUGGGACAGAGAAGGCAUUUCCUCCCAAGUCAGUGUACCAUAAGAGAGCUUACAGCCUGAGUAACAUCUACAGAGCAAAUAUUGAACAUGUAGAACCUUUGGAGGCCCAGAGACUGCCCCACCAUUUAGCUGUCCCAUCUCUAGACUAUCCAGACAGGUAUGGUGGGAGGUCAAGCAGGAGGGGCGCAGAAAGGCAACAGACUGAGAAUCAGGUCAUACCCAUGCCCAGCUCCUUUGGGGAGGCCACAUCCAGGUAUAGGGGCAGGGGUAGGGGGUCCCAAUGGCAGGCGGGACGGUUGGAGGAGGAUCAAAUGCGACUGGAAGAGCAGAUUCGCCAAAAAGAGAUUGCGCUGCAGGAAAAGCUGCGAAGGGUUGUGGAGGAGCUGGGGAAGAUCCAGCGGGAGAAAUACACUUCAGUAGGGAUGAUGGAGAGGAGAGAGAGGAUUGAGGUGGGGAGUGAGAGAGGAAAGCGGGAGAAGGAAAAGGAGAGGAGGGAGAACGAGAAGGCUACCUAUGUUGAGCAGGAGAGGCGGGAGAGAGCAAGGGAGAGAAGGGAGAGGGAGAAAGACAGGGAGAGGGAGAGAUGGGCACGAGAGCUUGACAGAGAGAGGGAAAGGCGGGAGAGAGAGCAAGAGAUGGAGAGGAUAAAUGAAGAAGAAUGGGAGAGAGAGAAAUGGGAUCGAGAGAGGGCAAAGACAAGUGAGCUGCAGAGGGGGAGGAGGGAGAGGGAGCAAGAUAGGAGGGAGAGGGUAUGGGACAGGGCACAAAGGAGGUGGACCCAGGAGAAGCAUUGUGAAGUCGUCCAAAGGGAUACCGAAAGAAAUGGUUGCAGCAGCAACAGAAGCAUACCCCCGGAAGUCUCACACAGACGUCCCAUGCGUGUCAUUGAUGAGACCCCUCGACAACUGGAAGUGGAGCUUCCAAACAAGAGCUCAGAGGUAGUCCUACAGCUGUUACCCUGCAGACUGUGUCACAGGAACUUUGCUGCUGACAGACUGGAGAAGCACCGCAAGGUGUGUGAAAAGGUUCGGUAUUCAACGCGGAAGGUUUUUGACUCCUCCAAGUACCGAGCCAAAGGGACUGACCUGGAGGAGUACAUGAAGACAAACACAAGAAGGAAGACUCCUGAGCUGAAAAAGAGCAAUUGGCGACAGAAGCAUGAGGCAUUUAUUCAUAACCUUCGGCAGGCCCGAAUGCCAAUAAAGGGGGGCUUGCGCCCCCAGCUACCCAUGGAUGAUCAAGACUAUCAGACCUGCCCCCACUGUGCCCGGCGAUUUGCCCCAGGACCCGCUGAGAGACAUAUCCCUAUGUGCCAGAAUAUAAGGAGUCGCCCCCCGCCACCUCGACGACACUUCAAGUGAAGAGAAUUAUUAAGUUUUUCCUGACAAAAAGAAACUAACUGCCUAGAUUGAUGUGAUUAAUAUCAGUAUUUCCAUGUGAGCUUCAGUGCCUGUGAAAUCUGUUUACGAUAUUGGUGUCUGCAAUAUGGUCAUAACAUAUCAACUGUGAUGUAUGAAAGAAAACUGUUCAUGGGGAAUUCAAAAUUAAAUGCAUGGAUGAAAUUAAAA